AUGCAAGUAAAACAAGGCCUGCCUCCGCCAAAGCCUGAUUUCUCCUUUGCUCGCUCUCCAAAAUCUCAAGUUGCCUUCUUCUUCUGGCGCUGGAGGAUAUGGUUCGAAGCUACCUUUGCGCUCACUGUACUGGAGCCCUGGGAGAAAAUAGUCCUCCUUGUUAUCAUGUUUAUCAGCGUGACCUUCUUCCUCGCGGCGCUGUUCAGAUAUUUACCAGAGCAAGUGGAGAAGAUGGAACGACGUGUCAUGUACUAUCUGUGGGGCCAGGAGGGG